GUGGUUUGGACUGAAAUUUAUAUAUAAUAAUACGAAUAAAAAAUGCGAAUGCUACUAGUGAUUUUUCCUUUGUUGUUUUGCCUGUCGAUUUGCCAUGGAUAUCGUUUUCUCGGAAUGUUUCCUUUUCAUGGUAAAAGUCAUUUUGUUAUGAUCGAGCAGCUGAUGAAGGGCCUAGCCAAGAAGGGUCAUCAAGUCGACAUAGUCAGCAAAUUUCCUCUGAAGAAACCUUAUCCAAAUUACACCGAUAUCGUGAUACUGCCAACAGAUGUGCAUUUGGUGAACAACGUGACGUUUGAAAUAAUGCAUCAAAUGCUUAGCUCAAAUCCAAUAAACGUCGUUUCGACAUGGGCAGGAAACGAACUUUGUGAAUUAUUAGGAAAUCCAGAAAUUAAAGAACUAGCCAAACCAAAGGAUCCACCUUACGAUGCUGUAUUUAUAGAGGUUUUUGGUGCUCAAUGUUACAGUGUCUUUGCUUACACAUUAAAAGUUCCUUUGAUUGGGAUCAGCACUACGUCGUUGUACCCGUGGCUAUAUGAUAUGAUCGCUCAACCUGAGAAUCUGGCCUUCGUGCCAAACAACGUUAGAAGUUUCAUCGAACCCAUGAAUUUCUGGCAACGUUUGUGUAACGUCGUGCACACAUUCUUCGACAAGUGGCAUUUUAAUUAUCUUACGACACGGGAGCAAGACAGAAUAAUAAGGGAGCACUUCGGGCCGGACAUACCGAGCGUACGGGAAUUGGAAAAGAAGAUUUCGCUCGUUCUCAUCAACUCUCACAUCGCGCUAAAUGGGAUACAACCGAGGACAGCUGCCGCGAUAGACGUAGGGGGAAUCCACGUCCAGGACGGAAACGAAACAUUGCAGCCUGAAUUAGAGAAAUGGAUGAAUGAUAGUAAAGAUGGUUUCAUUUAUUUCACUUUUGGCUCGAUGGUAAUGAUUGAGACUUUUCCACGCGAGUUCUUGAGAAUACUUUACGCCUCCUUAAGUAAAUUAGCACCAAUGCGUGUUAUAAUGAAGAUACCGAAGCCGGAGAAAUUGCCAGCCGGUUUGCCCGAAAAUAUUUAUACUUCCCCUUGGAUGCCACAAAUUAAAAUAUUGAAACAUCCUAACAUAAAAGCCUUUAUCACUCAUGGCGGACUCAUGGGCACGUUGGAAGCGAUAGUAUGCGGUGUCCCCAUGAUCGGUAUACCACUUUUCGCCGAUCAGUUUACAAACAUCGACAGGUAUGUCGCUAGAAACGUUGCCCUGCGAUUGAACAUAGAUACGAUCACCGAAAAAAGCUUUGACGCAACCUUAAAUGCAAUCUUACGAGACCCUCUGUACAGAUAAGUUGCGGAUAACUUUAUCCAGGAGAUAUCUCCAUU